GAAGGAGGCACAAAGGGAAGGAAAGAGGCCUUUCUGGGGCGUGUAGCAACGACCAAGAGGGUGCUAGCAUGACCACCGACUCGCUCCUGCGAUUCCGUCGGUGACAAUCACACGUUCUGCGUCGACGGGCGUGUCGAAGGGCAGCGUUUGGGUGAGGCGGAUGAGCAGUGAAGCAGUGGAUACAUUCGUCGGCAUACUUUGUUCGUCUGUUUCUGCAGGUACACGAGCACGCGCCGCCAUGGGUGACCAGUCGGCAGCUGACGUAGCAGCUUUGAUCAGAGAGCAUGGACCCACGGAGGAGCGCAUCACCGCCUUCCUUCGCGCGCCAGGCACAUCGGCAGACAAGAUCCGCCUGCUGGCGCAGCUGAUAGAUCAAGACGCCUCACUCCUGACGACGCCCCAGCUGCUGCAGUGUUUCUGCCAGCGGCCGCAGCUGGACAUCAUCGUCUUCCUGCUGCAGCGCGGCGCUCACGUGACCCUGAAUACUCACUUUGGCGAAGGGUCCCCCUUGGCCAGGGCGGUCAACAAUGGCGCCACGUCCGAUACGCUGCGCGCGAUGCUCACCUGGGGCGCCAUGCCGCCCCAUUCUCCGCCCCAUUCUCCGGGGGUGCGGGCGAACGCUGAGCUGCGGUAAGCCCCGACUAGAUAAAGGAAAGAAACCCGAUAGGAGAGUCUGCCAGCCAUCGGCCCCUUUGUGUUUGGUUGCUUGCUUCAGGUACGCGUACGCCAUGUAUAUUCGAGUAGAUCUUGAGCAGGUCAUGACGUCGGUCAUCCACAGCGCCUUCGAGUCCGUGGCCGCCGCCGCCCGGCUGCUGGAGGGCCUCGCCAGCCCCACACACCCCUCCCCCGGCGCCCCCCAGCCCCUCCAGUCCCCAUCAGCGACACCCUCUACGCCCACAUGAUCGCAUCAUUCCUCACGGACCUGACGGCCAUCGAAAUCCAUCUCCCCUUCCGCCCCACCAGCACUACCUUGACGCUCCACAUCCACCAGGCGCUCGUCCAUGCGGUGCGCUCGGCAGCGUCCACGUGCCAUGGGAGUGCCGCACUCGCCGCAGCUGAGCAGCAGCUGCCAGAGAUGCGCUGUUUUGCGCUGAAGGGGCUGCAUGGCCGCAGACUGUGUCUGCGUGAGGUGGUGCGUCAGGCGUGUGUCGAGGAGCUGGACAAGUGGCAGCUGUCGACAGAAGGGGUGCCGCUGCUGUGUAAGCCCUUCGACUGGCAGCAGCUGGGAGGGGUGGAGGGACUGGCGACAGGGGGAGAGCGGUAUGUGCGUCUGCUGGAAGCUGGGAUGUAUCUGGGCAAGUAUCGCAAGUUUGUAGGCCGUAGGAGGCCGCAGAGAGCGAUUGCUAACAUCUUGCCCUCUGCCGGGCAGGGACGCUGAGUAGUUAGGUUUCACCCUCGGCGACCCGUGUGUGGGGAUUGUCUAGAGGUACUUCCAACACCGUAUCGUAUUGAUGUGAUAUAGCUAUCGACAAACCGACCUUUUGUUCGCGCGGUUGGCUGACAUGGAUUCAAUGGUGGCUGACGCGAGUUAUCCGUCAAUGUGUGUAUCACUCGCGUCGAUGGGCCUCGCCGCGAACGCGGCUCGAUGAACGGUUACGAGGGGGGAGGGGCCCCCGAGUAAUGGGAGGCGAUCGGGAAGGGACACCAGGCAAAAUGUCGCACCAAAGUCGAUUAUCCACACUAAACCAGUGAUCGCGAUUGGCCACGGGCUG